AUGCUUGGGAGCUCUCCAGCCAAUCAAGAUCAGUCCGUGACGCAACCCGAUCAAGGCUCCGACCGCGAAGUCUCCUAUGUCUCCGAGCGGAUAACAUGGCACAUGUGUAAGUCGAUCGGCCCGUAUAUUGACAUGUUCGACAUGUUCCACGGCCAGAUUUUUGGAAAUGCUACAAUACUAAUGGCUAGUUUGCUGUUUCUGCGGUCCAGAGCAAGCUACGCAACAAUCACCGCUCCAUUCUCGCAGGCAGUCUCCUCAAUCAUGUCGGGAAAUCAAUCGGCUGGGGUUUCCGACGUUUUGGUCAUUGGCGGUGGACCCGGUGGCCUUUCCGUUGCGACCGGCCUUGCUCGCCAGCUGUACACUACAAUCGUCUUCGACAAUGGAGUCUAUCGCAAUGCACGCUCCCAACACAUGCACAACGUCGCGGGCUGGGACCACCAAUCUCCCGCCGCAUUUCGGGAAAAGUCUCGACAGGAUCUGCUCGAUCGCUACGACACCAUCCGAUUUGAAGAUGUUGCCAUUGAGGCUGUCCGCAAGAACGCUGCGGGCUUGUUUGAGGCCGACGAUGCAACGGGACGCACAUGGACUGGCCGUAAGCUAAUGCUUGCUACCGGAGUUCGCGAUGUCUACCCUGAUAUUCCAGGAUACGAUGAGGUCUGGGGAUAUCGUGUCUAUCACUGCCUCUUCUGUCAUGGUUUCGAACAGCGCAACGCUAAGUCUGUCGGAGUGCUGGCCAUCGGAGACUUGUCAAACCCCAAGGUCGCCCUGCACAUGGCAUAUCAGGCGCAACGCUUGGCACAGAACGUUGUCGUAUACACCGAUGGCGCGAGCGACGUUGCUGAGCAAGUUGAGCUGGGAGUUCAACCCGGGUUCAAGAUCACGGUUGAACAAAGGAGCAUCGAGCGUCUUUCCAUGGGACCUAACAACUCAGAAGUAGUUGUCCAGCUCAGCGGAGGAGAGGAGCAAGUGCAGGGAUUCCUCGUCCAUAGGCCAAAGGCAGAGGUCAAUGGACCAUUCGCGAGACAGCUGGCAUUGGAGCUGACCGAAGCGGGCGAUAUCAAAACCUCACAGCCAUUCCACGAGACCAGUGUAUCUGGAUGUUUCGCCGUGGGCGAUUGUGCCACAUAUAUGAAGGCUGUGACCUCGGCCAUUUCAAUGGGUGCUUUGGGCGCGGGAGGACUGGCAUCUCAGCUGCAAAUGCUACCACCUGUCGCUCCCGGAAAGAUCUAG